GCUGGAGGUGAGUUCAUCCUCCGCGCGCCGAGAUCCGCGGCUCUGACAGGACGCGCUCAGGAAUCCCUGCACUAUUAACAUGACUUCCGCGAAUCAGACUGGAGCAGAGCCGGGAUGUUCCGACCUCGCGACUGCAGAUGGAGGAACACAUGAUACUCACGCUACACACGAGCGACGCGACGCGCAGCCUGGUUCAGAUGCUGGUUUCAUGGAUCAAGAAGGACCUGCAUUUUCAGUCAAGGAAAAGGAGUCAGAUUUUUUGGCUCAUGAGUUCAUCCCAUCUUCAUCGCACACUUCAGGAUCAGGCCAGCACAUUUGCAAGGGGUUAAAAUAUCUCACUCAAGAAGGACUAGAGCCAGACGUCAAGACCACCACCACACCAAAACCAGCUCAGGCCUUCACAGAUGAGUCCGCGGCCAGUCAAACUCAAGGUCAGGGGCUGCAUCCCACUGAGAAACCCCAAGAACCAGGACCUGAACAGAUCCUGGAGGACAAGAGGUCCGAUCAGAAGGAUCUAAAACGAGAUGAUGAGACUUUCAGGACACAGAAAAGCUGUGAAUAUGAGCCAGAGGAAGGGAUGCCAGCCGUGGUGGUCACACAACCUGAAGAGGUCUCAUCAGACCAGGCGGAGGACAUACAUUUAUCUGUGAUGCUUGAGGACAUGAUUCACAGUGAUUCCAGUCGCAAUGCGAGUCCCAGCAAUGGCACUGAACUCAGCAGCAGCGACCUGCUGUCCUUAAAGAGUGACACCGUAUCUCUGCUCAGUGAAGCUGCCAUCUCAUGCAAAGUCUCAUCAGACCAGGCGGAGGACAUACAUUUAUCUGUGAUGCUUGAGGACAUGAUUCACAGUGAUUCCAGUCGCAAUGCGAGUCCCAGCAAUGGCACUGAACUCAGCAGCAGCGACCUGCUGUCCUUAAAGAGUGACACCGUAUCUCUGCUCAGUGAAGCUGCCAUCUCAUGCAAAAGUGAUGAACAGGAGGGACCUGAGGAAGACACUCGGAGCGUCGCCGCAUCUUCAGUUAUGUCACUGUUUCAUCGGGUACAGAUGGACCCCAUUGAGAAAGAGUGGCUGCGUUGUGCAGUGCUGGGAAACGCUACUACCCUGUACCUGCUUCUACAACAGGACCCUACACUUGUCUCCAAAAAGGACUUUGUCACUGGGUUUACAGCGCUCCACUGGGCGGCCAAGCAGGGCCGUGUGGAGAUGGCGGACAUGAUGGCACGCUCCGGAGCGGACGUCAACCAGAGAGCGGGGGGUUACACACCGCUCCACCUGGCUUCUCUACACGGACAUGAUAAAAUCAUCCAGCUGCUAAUCAAUAACUACAUAUCCUUGAAAGUGAAAGGGGACUGGAGCAAAACUGACGAGGAGAAGCAUCAUGGAAAUGCCAAAGUCAAUGUAAGGGACUAUCACGGGAAGAUGGCAGCUCAUUACUGGAGUGGCAGCAAGGAUAUUUUUACCGAACACAGAUCUCAUCCUGCUUGCAGCUGGCCGAGGGGGAGGCGGGCCCAGUGUUACGCGCAGCUGUCUGCCCUCCUGUCUCGCUCUCAGAGUAACAGAAACAUCAGUGCAGAGACCUCCAGCAGUCCACUAGAGCUCCAUCACUCUCACUAUAUAUAUAUAUAUAUAUAA